AUGAGCUUCAUCACGCGCACCGGCAGCACCGCGCCUGCGGGCUACAAAGCACCUCCAUGGCCGUCUCUCUACUGGCCGCUCCCCGUCAGCGCCUCCGUGCCGUACUACCUCUACGACCCCGAUGACAUCUGGCGCUUCACACUGAUCUGGACGGCCCUGUUCUUCGGCGCCAUGCAUCUGGUCGUCGCCUUCUGGGCGUGCAUUGUGCAGUGGCGCAACUGGAAGAUCAUAUGGAUCACGCCGUUGCUGUAUGCCAUCAUCGGAGGGCUGGAGGGCCUGAUUGCGGGGAGCAUUGUGGGAGGACUAUUGGGCGGCGUAUAUCAGUCUGGGUACUUCAAGAUGUCGACCUGGAUUCCCUUUGUAUGGGGUCUCAUCAGUGCCGUGGUCCUGGUCCUGUCUUCGUUUGCCAUUCACGGUGGGCUGUGA